AUGAAAUUUUGGAAAACAAUUGAUAUUUUUUCUUAAUAAUUUUUCUUUAAUAUUGAAGAUAAAGAUAAGUAAAAGAAAGCAACAUUUCUGGGUUUUGGACUAUCUACAUUUGUGUUCAUAACUGAGUUAAAUAAUGAACUAAUUGCUUUCAAAAUGGAUUCUGGUGAUUUUGUUUAUCAACCCAACAAAACUUACUUAGUUGUCAUGGCUUAUUUUUUCUAGCAAGGAUAAAAUAGAACUUUUAUACCUUUAAAUGUAAUAGAUUGUUAAAGCGAUGAGCUCUAAGGAUAUAAAUGCUUGGAUUUUUCUUAAGUUUCUAACUAUAAAUUUUCUUUAAAUACACUAGAGGAUUUAUAUUCUUAAAUAUAAAUCUUUACAUAUGGUUGCUUAGAUGUGGAUAAGGUUAAAACGUUCGUUCCUAAUGAUUGUGCUAGUUAAGAUGAAAUAAACACUCUUGUAAAUGGUGUCAAUGUAGGAUUAAGGUAUAAAAUUUAUACUGCUUAAUAUAAUACAACAUCUUAGUAAAUGCAAUCAGAUUACAGAAAUAUUUUAGUCUAUACAUUUGCAAGCUAAGCUAUAGUAACUUUUUUGAAUAUGCAAACAUAAACAACAAAUGUAAAAUAAGGAUUAAUUUGGUAAUCAAAUUCCUAUUAUUCUUCUCCAUUGUAAUAUGGGUAAAUUAAUUAAAGCAUGGAUAGAAUAUCAGCUCUUAAUGAUGGAUAAGGUCCUUUUAACUCUUUUGUAUUAUAAAUGGAUGAAAUAGUUUAUUAAAUACAGAUUUAAUACCCAACAUUACCUUAAAUUCUAGCAAUUGUUAAUGGAAUUUUUUCACUUUUGGUGUUAGUAGGGUUUUUAGGAAGAAAGUUUUCUUAAAAGAAAAUAAAUGAUGAAUUUUUUUUGCUAUUUAUGAAAAAUAUUUUUUCUGGCUAAUAUUUCACAAUACUACAAUCAAGCAAACUUCUCUAAUCCGAGUAGAAAGAAAAUAAUUUGGUAACAUAUUUAGAAAAUAAUAACAACUUAUUUGAAAAUAAAUAAAUGUUUUUUGAUUCAAAAGAAAGUGAUUUAAUUAGAGAAAAUAAUAAUAAUAAUUGUAAUAACUAAGAUAAAUUAGAUUUUUUUUAUGAGUAGUAUUUCGAAAAAUAAAAUAAUGAUUAGGAAAUUUCUUUACCUAACUUCAGAGUGAAAUCAAAAGGAAUUUUAGAAUAGUCUUAAAUAAAUACUUAAGUGUUAACUCCUUAGACAUUAAAUUGCACUAACUAAAAAAAAUAAUAUUCUAAAAUAAAUAAAUUUAGAAAUAAAGUGUAAGAAAAUUUUAAUUAUCUAUAAUAAUAUAAAGACGAGCAAUCUAUAACUAAGGAUUAAGAAAAUAUUUUAAGCCCAACAUAACUCCAAACACAAUAAAGUAGCCCAUAAAUUGCUUUAUUUAAAAAUAAAAAUUAAAGUUAAAUUCUAUUUUCAAAUUCUUUUAUUUUAUCUCCAAAUUUAAAAAGUAUCAACCAAAAAAAAUUUAUCGAAACUCAAUCUAUAAAUGAGUAACGCUAUUAAAUUUAAAUUAAAAGAAGAAAUUAAUCUUUACAAAGUCGUAUUAACUUGUAAGAUAAUAUAGAUAAAUUAAAUGCUCUUCAAAGUGAACAAAUUUCUAAUCUAGCAAUGCAAAAAAUUAUAAAAAUAAAGAUUCAACAGUAAAAGGAAGAAGAUGGUUUAAGACUAAAUCACAAAUGA